AUGGCGACACAGACGGCAGUACCUGGUUGUACCCGCCAUCAAGGGAUGGGAUUUAUUUACGUCUGUAAAUCGUGUGACGAUCAGCUGAUUUGUAUGGAGUGUGUUACAGACAUUCACAAUGGUCACACAUUUGGAAAACUUACUGAAUACGUGACGAGCCAGAAACGGGAAAUACAACAGUAUGUUGACAAACUCUCCAAGGUCGACAUUCCGAAAGUUGAGGAAGAUAUUCGGGAGAAUGAGACAAACGGAGGACAAUAUCAGGCAGUUAUCAGAGACAUUAAACGUCAGGGGGAAAAAAUGAAAGACGAUAUCGACAGAAAUAUCGAUAUGUUAGUGAACAUGUGUACCGAGUUGGAAAAAUUAAAUGCGAGUACUUCUGAGAAAAAUAAAGCAGAAUUAAACAGAUAUCUUAGAGAAGACUUGAAACCGAAACUGGAUAGAUGUCAACAAAUACUGGCAUCAGGGAUAACAGCUGACGUCACAACGUUAGUGCGGGAAAUCAGGAAUACCGCCACUGAUCCACCUACUCCAGGUAGAUUACAGACAGUGGAAUUCAAACCCGGAAGCAUAUCUACUGAACUGUUGGAACAUAUGUUCGGUAAGAUACUAGUCGACGGAGAGGAUCAGUCGUACAAACCGAUACCAACUCCCGUGGUUCUUGACGAUUUCAAGACGUCAUUUCAUUACGAUGUAUGUCGUACAGGUCUUACUGGUGACGAGGCGUGGUUAUCGUACUGGGAUAGUGAUAGUGUGUACCGAGUGGAUACUAAAGGCACAAUGAAGGAGAAGAUACAGUGUAAGGUCAAAGUCCAAUCGAUAUCUGUAUCCCCGACCACGGGCAGGGUGUGGUUCUGUGUGCGUGAUGACAGAAGUAUCCGGGAAAUCACGACAGGUGGUGAUAUUGUUAAACGAUUUGACGUCACCGACACGCCAUAUUCUCUUUGUAUCACCAGUGAUGACAUGGUAUUAGUGGGGAUGGAUGGAGGAAUACAGCUGUUCACUACAGACGGACGGGCGGUAUCAUCUAGAGCGGGAGGUCCUUGUAGACAGGUGGCAGUAUUUCCUCAUCACAUGAUGUCAUGUAAACAGACCGGUGACGUAGCUGUUGUUGACAAUGAAGGCGUGCGGUAUAAUAACUACAUGGCUGGUGAGGAACCAGACAAACAAUCGUACGUCAUCGUGAUGGAUAAACACCUCAACCUAAAGUUUCACUGUAAAGACAUCGGUACGACCAAUCCAAACCGAAGUUCUACUCAGUCAUCAAAGUUUUAUCCGUUUGAUGUUUGUUUUGAUGGAGCUGGUGAUGUCCUUGUAGCGGAAUUGGUCACCAAGUCAGUACUACUGAUUGACAGGAACACUGGACGCUGUAUGAGGACUGUUUAUACAUCUGACGGAGUAGAACCUUUGUGUAUCAGUCUACACGAGGACGGUACCUUCUGGAUCGGACACAGGGACAGAAGAAUUAAGAUACUACAAUACAAAUAAAUAUAAACACGUUGUACAAUGCAUAGCUACAGUUUCAUUGAUCAAUAUUUUUCGUUACCACAAAAAAAAAUCAUAGAUGUAAUAUCAGUGUGGUCAUAUAGUUAAUAUGAUUUGAUGAGAACAUCGAUUAUUGACUGACAGACUUUAUAUCAAGAUCACAUACAGUAAAGUCUUUUAGCCUGACUGAUAUAGAGGAAAGGUUAUUAUCUCGAUUUCCCAUCUUGCACUAAACGAGAUGGUAAGAACGUCAUAACACACGAUGUUGACUCAAUUCAGAUAUCAACCUGCUAAGUACAUCUCUCGUCGAUUGGAUUUGUUUGGUAACAAAUGUGAACACAACGGAACACCACAUGACUGGACUAAUUGUGUGAAUUCGUAAAGUUUGAAAUUAAUUGUUAUUGUCAAAGUGUCGAAGAAAUUAUUAGAAGAUUGAAAACUA